GUGUUUUUUAAGCGCUGCACUCGCAUUCAUGUUUCCGUGUUAUCUUCAUUACUUUAUCCAAUUAAGAAGGGACGUAUCGUUUCAAGUUAUGAAUGUCUUAAUGAUAAGAAAACGAAUUAAUUGUUUUAGAUAAUCAUUCUGUAUUCACUUUGGGUAUAAAACUACAAUUACUCGAAUGAUAAUUUUCAGAUGUAAUCGAAUUUAGUCACGAUGAUUCGUUUUCUUUUUUCUUUUUUGAUUGUGCUAGUGAGUAUAUCGAAAGAGGCGUACGGGCAGCAAGAAGCCCUUUCCGGAAUGUACAGUCCCGUGUUCACUCCAUUUAACACGUCUAGUGGAGAAAUCGACCUAUCUGUCAUUCCUGAGUAUGCGCAGUUCUUGAAGGAUGGUGGAACUGAUGGGGUCUCCGUGGCCACGCUUACCGGGGAGGGCUUGAGUUUGAGUGUAGAUGAAAAGAAAAAGCUAUAUGAAGCUUGGGUGAAUGCGGCCAGGCCUCUGGGUCUCAAGAUUAUCGUUCAAGUAGGAGGAAUACCCGUGCCUGAUAUCAUUGAACUGACACAUUAUGCUGUCAAUAUAAGUGUGGACGGCAUUCAACUUCUUCCACCGCCUUAUUAUAUUAUAACGAAUUCGGAUGAGUUCGUUGCCUUACUUGAGAUAGUGGCCGAGAACGCUGGCGACCUACCUAUUUAUUACGAUGAUUUUUACGAAUAUACACUCGAAGAAGAAGACGACUUUUCUCUACAAUCUUACUUCGAUUCGGCCUCUAGGAGAGUAGCGCAAUUCAAGGGCAUGGUCGGUACAUUUAGGGUCGCAGUGUAUGCAUCUCUAGAAAACGACCCGAGGAGCGACCAGACCAUCUUUAUUUAUAACCAGCCAAAUGUUGAAGCCGCAGCUUUCAUGGACUGUAAUUCGUUCAUGCUACCGGCAAUGAACAUUUUCCCGAGCCUUUUCAAGCAGAUCGUCGACCUGAGCUCUAACGGAACUAGAUCAGAAGAAGCUCUCGCUAUUCAGGACAGAUUGAACGAUAUCGUCUACGAGAUAUUAGACAAAGGAGAUGAUGUAGCAACGUUAAAAGCAGCCGCUGAACUGGUAUCAGGGAUUAAGCUUGGCGGCGUUCGUCCUCCAAUGCGUGCUUUAUCCAGGACGACGUACAUGGAGAUCAAGGAUAUACUUGAAGACAAUGACGUCGAAACACACGACUAGAGCACAGUACGACAAGUGAAAACGCAUUGUGUGAAUUGAAUGGGUUUUACUAUAUAAAAUAAUAAAUUAAAUAAUAUGUUAUCGGAUA